UGAAGUUUUCGAACACUCGUGGUAAUAUGAGUGAUUAUAUUAGUUAAUUGCCCGAUUGUGUCAUAUCUUAUAUCCUAACAAUGAUAACCAUGAAAGAUUUGUUGAAAAUUAGUAUAUUAUCUAAAAGGUGGGGUGAAGUUUGGGCUCUGAGAAGAAAUCUCCACUUUGAUACUCUGAAUGUGUUUGGAGACUCGGAUAGUUCAAUCAUAGAAAGACUUGUGAAUUUGGAUAAUGAAAGAGAUGAAUUUGCAAAACGUGUGGAUCAAUUUGUUAAGAGCUUUUCAGGCAGAGUGAUCGAUUCGUUUUUGGUAAAAUUUUGUUUGAAUGGUGACCAAAGCACCAUUAUUGAUAGAUGGAUACGUUUUGCUAUUGAAAGGGGAGCAGAAAGAAUCGAUCUACUCUUUGGAGGAGUGUUAUAUGGAUAUAGUCAUCUACGUAACUGUUAUAAAUUUCCCUUAGACUUACUUUUGGAGAUCAAUACUUUAACUCUGAAGCAUUUGCGUCUUCAACGUUGUCUUAUUUUCCAUCCCACUAACUAUGACUUUAGUCCGUUAAAAAAUUUAAGAUUUCUUUCACUCAGCAAGGUAAAAGUGGAUGAAAUCUUGUUAGAAAGUUUGUUAUCCAAUUGUCGACUUCUUGAAGAGCUUCAGUUAGAUGCAUGUCAGUUUGAAGCAUCAAUGCCGAUGAUAAUAAGUUCAUCCUUAAUAAAUCUCAAGAUUAUAUACCCUCACAAUAGAAGAAUGGUGGAAGUAGAAUUGACUCUAGUGGAUUGCCUUAAACUAACUUCAUUGGAGUAUGAUGGAUAUGGCUUGAAUACCAUGAGCAUUAAUACCCCUGCGAUGAAAUGCAUUGACUUCACCAUUUCAUACGAAGAUUAUCUUGACAUAUUUGCUUUCUCAAAAUUUCCUCAACUUGAAAUUAUGAGUAUAGAUAUGUCUUCCACGGUCAUAACUUCUCUAAAAAUAACCCAAUCACUCAAAUAUCUUAAACAAUUCAACUUAAGCCUUUUAUGGGAUGGGAACAUCUCUAAGGAAGCCGAUUAUAGUCUUUUGUGGAUUUUAAACAUCCUUCAAGUUUCUCCACUUUUACAUAGACUUUCAAUCAUGCUUACAAAUCCAAAGUUCCUUAAAAAUCAAAAAGAUAUUAGAGAUAUUGAAGAUAUUGAAGCAUUUUCUCACGACAAGGUUAAAGUUAUUGAAUUAGGAGGGUGUGUUGGCAAUUGGUUCGAAAUUGAAUUUGUUAUAAAUAUUCUAAAAUAUGUUCCAAAGCUUGAGCAAAUGGUUUUGAAUCCCGGCUGGAAAGAACAUGGCACAUUGGAUUGGGUUUCUGAGACUGUGUCCUUUCAAAGUGCACGUCAAAGGAUUAGUGAAAAACUUCAAGGAGAAAAAGUUGUGGGAAGAGAAAAAAUUGUGCUCGUAUAA